AUGGUGAUGUUUAUGACAGAAAUUAUAAAAUCCAAUGAACACAAAGUUGCCAUUGAAAAAUCAAAAGUUGCAUCAAUACAAAUUGUAACAACAAAAGCUACUCGGGACUCAGGUUAUGAUGAUAAUUAUGAUCAAUUAGAUCAACAACAACAACAAGUUGACCAAGAAGAAACAUCAUUUAUAGAACAAAGUAUUACAAUUAAAGAUGAAAUGUUGCCAGUUACAGAUGAUUCAAUUGAUUUUGACAAAAUGAAUAACUCGAAAGAUCACUCAAUUGGACUAGAAACGAAGUCAAAUGAAGUUUCCAAUUUAUUUAAUGGUAAUAAUCAAAGUUGCUCGAAUGAAGUCAUUGAAAUUGUUGAUCAUCAAAAAAACACAAGAAUUCGUACUGGAUCACUUGCUCCUAAAAAAUAUAGUUUUCAUACUGAAGAAGAUGAUGAUCUAAGCUCUACCACAGACGAAAAUUACCUUGAUGAUGAUGAUGAUAAUAGCGCAAAUCAAGAUAAUAAUCUUGAAGAUAAAAUUAGAGUAACAUCUGGUAUUUCUUUCGAAGAAAAAACACGUGUAGUUAAAUUGGCAAUAGAACAUCCAAAUUGGCCUAUAAAUAUGUUGAAAGAACAAAGUCGAUAUAAAAAAAUUCGACAGCGCAGUCAAGUUGAAAGGUGGAAGAAACAGAUUCAACAAGGAGGAUCUAUUCGUGACAGAAUGAAUUUUGUCAAUAACUGGAUGGAACAAUUUGAUAAACAUCAGCUUGUGACAACUGAUCAAGAAUUGUUUACUGACUCAUUUAAUUUUUGUUGGGAACUUUUGAAAAGUAAAGAAUAUUAUCUCAGUGAACGUGAGACCGAUAUAUUUUCAAAGAUGUCAUCAAAUUAUGGUCAAGACAUGUAUGAUGCCAUGAUGAUAAUUAUCAACAAAAUUAUGAAAUUCAAUGAACACAAAUCAAAAGUUGACUCAAUAAAAAUUGUAACAGCAGAAGCCACUUGUGAUUCAGGUUAUGAUGAUAAUUGUGAUCAAUUGGAUCAACAACAAAAACAACAGCAAGAUGACAAAGUGAACGUUAACAUUGACAACAGUCAUGACAAGAUGAUAUUAGAAAAAAGGAAAAUACCAGUUGAUGAAAUUCAUUCCAAGAAGAUGUUCAAAGAAGAAAAAAAACGUGUAGUCAAAUUGGCAACAGAAAAUCCAACUUGGUCAUUACAUAUGUUGAGAGAACACAGUGGAUGUAAAAAUAUUGAUGGCCGCCGUCAAGUUGAAAGAUGGAAAAAACAGGUUCAACGAGGAGGUACUACUCGUGAAAUAAUGAAUCGUAUGGAACAAUUUGAUAAACAUCAGCUUCUGACAACUGAUCAAGAAUUGUUUACUGAUUCAUUUAAUUUUUGUUGGGAACUUUUGAAAAGUAAAGAAUAUUAUCUCAGUGAACGUGAGACCGAUAUAUUUUCAAAGAUGUCAUUAAAUUAUGGUCAGGACAUAUAUGAUGCCAUGAUGAUAAUUAUAAACAAAAUUAUAAAAUCCAAUGAACACAAAGUUGCAGUUGAAGAAUCAAAAGUUGGAUCAAUAAAAAUUGUAACAGCAGAAGCUACUCGUGACUCAGGUUAUGAUGAUAAUUGUGAUCAAUUGGAUCAACAACAACAACAACAGCAAGUUGACAAAGUUGACAGUCAAGAAAAAAUGAUAUUAAAGAAAAGAAAAUCAUCAGUUGAUGAAAUUCAUGUCAAGAAGAUGUUCAAAGACGAUAACAAUAAAAAUAACUAUGAUGAUUCAAAUAAUGCUGAAAACAUACAAAUUACUUUUACAAAUGAAAACUCAAUUGACAAAUUACAUAUGGUUGAUUUAAUUGAAAAGGAAGAAAAAUUAUUUUUAGAAGAAAGUAUAACUAUUAAAGAUGAAAUGUUGCCAGUUACAGAUGAUUCAAUUGAUGUUGAUAAAACAAACAACUCGGACAAUCAGUCAAUUGGAUUGAAAAGAAAGUCAAAUGAAAUUUUCAAUUUUUUGAAAGAAUCCAAUCCUUUGAAAGAUAAUAAUCAAAGAUGCUCGAAUAAGGCCAUUGAAAAUGUUGAACAUCAAAAAAACACAAGAACUCGUACUGAAUCACUUGCUUCUGAAAAAACUAGUUUCAAUACAAGAGAAAAUGAUGAACUAAGUUCCACCACAGACGAAAAAAAAGCACGUGUAGUUAAAUUGGCAACAGAAAAUCCAAAUUGGUCAUUAAGUUGGUUAAGAAGACGCAGUGGAUGUGAAGAUAUUAAACAACGCAGUCGAGUUGAAGAGUGGAAAAAACAGGAAGAAGAAUCAUUUACAAAACAAAAUAUAACUAUUAAAGAUGAAAUGUUGCCAGUUACAGAUGAUUCAAUGGAUGUUGACGAAAUGAAUCACUCGAAUGAUCACUCAACUGGACUAGAAAUAAACUCAUAUGAAAUUUCCAAUUCAUUUAAUUCUUUUAAAGAUAAUAAUCAAAGUUGCUCAAAUAAAAGCAUUGAAAAUGCUGAUCAUCAAAGAAAAACAAGAAUUAGUACUGGAUCACUUGCUCCUAAAAAAUAUAAAAAAACACGUGUAGUUAGAUUGGCAAUAGAAAAUCCAACUUGGUCAUUAGAUAUGUUGAGAAGACACAGUGGAUGUAAAAUUAUUAAACAACGUCUGCAAAUUGAAAUGUGGAAAAAACAGAUUGAACGAGGAGGAACUCGUCGUCAGAAGAUAAAUCUUAUAAAUAACUGGGACAAAAAAUUAUUUACAAAAGAUAAUAUAACCACUAAAGAUGAAAUCGUGUCAGAUGAUUUAAUUGAUGUUAAUAAUAAUCAAAGUCUCUCGAAUGAAGGCAUUGAACAUCAAAGAAACACAAGAAUUCGUACUGGAUCACUUGCUCCUAAAAAAUAUAGUUUUCAUACUGAAGAAGAUGAUGAUCUAAGCUCUACCGUGAGUAAUCUUGCUUAA